AUGCCGCCAUUAAGGCCGCUAUCUCAUAGCCCUCGAUCCCCCCUAACAACCCAUUCGUCAAAGCGCUACUUUUCACGUUCGUCCAACCUACUUUAUGUAAAAGUCAAACGACCACCGUGGUUCAGGAGGUUCGCUUCCAGAGUUUUCUUUUUUGGGGCUGCCGCCUGCACCUGGAACUCAUUCGAUUCAGUACAACAGGAUACGACACCCCGCAAUGUAGAAGUCCAAGAUCAUUCCCCCAACAGUCGCACGCAUGGAGAUACCAGGCCCGAUAAAACAGCCAAGCCGCACCAAAGCCAUUUGAGUCCCAUUUUCAUACCCAUAGGUUGGAGACGUUUACAAGAGGGCAAAUUCUAUGCAGCAUCAGAUCCGGAGUGGAAGACGUUCGUCAAAAUCUCGAAAGACCAAGAGAAAAUUCGACUGCUUAAAGAUGAAUUGGCAUCUAUCGUCCUGACUGAGGCGUCACAAUCAAGCCUACUAUCACAUAUGUUGGGACCACCCUUCACAGUGUCACAACAGUGGCUGCUACACCAUUUCCCAUCCCGUGCACCGCCAGAAUACUAUCAGCCAGGGUUGGAAAUUACCGAUGCUUGGAUAUCGUGGGUCCGGAAACCCAUGUCGAACGAGAACAUCAGCAAGUCUGUACGGCCGUAUUUUGUGGCACUUGGGGUAAAGGAUGCAUAUUCAAUACUCUGGGGAAGUUUCCUCGAUAAAUUUAAUACUAGAUAUCCAGAAGAUGGGAGGGCAAUGGGCCUGCCCGACUCAUCUUCGAAGACGUUACUGCCAUCUGACUUUACGACAUUGGACAAGCUCGGUGAUGCUUCGCGGCCAGACUCGCAGCUUUUCCCGCCGGCUAGUCCCCAGAAUAGCGCGGGUCAAACCGACGCGGACAGACAAUCUAGGCCUUCAACCAUUUUGUCUACACUACAGUGGUUGCCUUUACCCAAGUUUGGCCCUGGAACAGAUCUAUACGCAGCUUCACUGGCUUUCAAACAGCGCAUUGAUGAAUGCCAGGAACGCGAAUUACGUGCUUCCCGACGAGGGACACUCUCCGUCCGUGGCCCCGUGGGCCUGAGCGGAUCGGUUGGGUUCUGCAGAAUCGAGGUGGAGGGUGAAUAUGACCCAGCAGCCUCGGAGUGGGUAUCCGUUUCUAUGUACCUCAAAGACAUUCGCUCCUUCAAGCAGAAGCCCCUUGGCGGCAAAUAA